AUGUCGAACGAGUGGAGCAACUCUAUCUGGGACUGCUGCAGCCCUGCCAAAACAUGCAUGAUUGGCUGGUGCUGUGCCUGUUUCAUGUACGGUCGAACCUCUGAGCGCCUUCAAGACCCCGCGCUGAAAGAAGGCUCCUACGUUAACGGAGACUGCUGCCUCUUCGUCCUCGCCAGUUACUGCGGUCUCAGCUGGGUCCUCAUGAUGAUGAAGCGCCGCGACCUGCGCGAGAAGUUCGGCAUCAAGGGUUCAGUCGGCGAAGACUGCAUCCUCUCCUGCUGCUGCCCCUGCUGCUCCCUCGUGCAGCAGGAGAAGGAGCUCGACGCUCAGGCCAGCCGCUUCCAGGCUGCGACUGGUUACGAGGCUCCUGCGGCUAUGGCGUACCCUCCGAAAUAA